GAAACGGUUUAUAGCUAACCGACCGGUCUACCAAUAGUUAAAAGUUAAAACCAAAACCACAUCCCUCAUUAUAAAGACAAAAAAGAAAAAACGAAAAUAUUCCGUUUUCCAUCGUCGUCUUCGUUUUCACCACCAAUUCAAAACACAAACCCUAACCUCUCGAUUUCGUCUGCUAAGAUCACUUCAAUGGACUCUCACUCUUCACACCUCAACGCAGCCAACCGCUCCCGCAACUCCUCCCAAACCCCUUCCCCUUCCCACUCCGCCUCCGCCUCCGUCUCUUCCUCCCUCCACAAACGCAAACUCGCCGCCACAACCGCAGCAAACGCCGCCGACGCCCUUCCCUCCACUUCCUUCCCUCCUUCCUCAACCGACGACCUCGAAAGCAUCUCCGCCCGCGGAGGAGGAGGAGCCGAUUCCGACUCAGACCCCGAUGAGUCAGAAGACGCCGUCGUGGACGACGAUGAGGACGAGUUCGCUCCCGAGCCGGAUCAAGACUCUUCUAUCCGCAAUUUUACCGCCGCUAGGCUCGAUCCAGUUAACGGUUCGAGUCGUGGCGGCAGCAAUAGUAAGAUUAAGACGGAGGUGGCGACGGUGAAGCUUGAGGUUGGGGCUGGGACAGGUGGCGUGAGCUCGUUAUCGGGGCUUGUGCCGAAGGAUGAGUCUGUUAAGAUAUCGACGGAGGAUGUUCAGACCAGUGGAGCUUACAUUGCUAGAGAAGAGGCUUUGAGGAGAGAGGAACACGCUGGUCGGCUCAAGUUUGUGUGUUACUCUAAUGAUUGCGUUGAUGAGCAUAUGAUGUGCUUGAUUGGAUUGAAGAAUAUAUUUGCAAGACAGUUGCCUAAUAUGCCUAAGGAGUAUAUUGUUCGUCUUCUCAUGGAUAGGAAACAUAAGUCUGUCAUGGUCGUAAGACCACCUCAAGUUGCAGGUGGUGUCACUCAUGUUGUAGGUGGUAUCACGUAUCGUCCAUAUCAUAGUCAGCGGUUUGGAGAAAUAGCAUUUUGUGCAAUCACCGCAGAUGAACAAGUCAAAGGUUACGGUACCAGAUUGAUGAACCACUUGAAAGAACAUGCACGCAAUGUCGAUGGAUUGACGCAUUUUCUUACUUAUGCUGACAAUAAUGCUGUUGGUUAUUUUGUCAAGCAGGGUUUUACUAAAGAGAUUUACUUGGAGAAAGAUGUAUGGCAUGGCUUCAUUAAAGACUAUGAUGGUGGCCUCCUAAUGGAAUGCAAAAUUGAUCCAAAGCUUCCGUAUACAAAUUUGUCAAAGAUGAUUCGCCAGCAAAGGAAAGCAAUUGAUGAAAGGAUAAGAGAGUUAUCGAACUGUCAGAAUGUGUAUCAAGUAGCUGAAUUUCAAAAGAAAGACGGUGGAAGUCCUAAAAAGAUCAGAGUUGAGGAUAUUCCUGGCUUAAGAGACGCAGGUUGGACCCCAGAUCAAUGGGGGCACACGCGUUACAAAUUAUUCAGUGGUUCUGGAGAUAAUGUAACAAAGCAAAAGCAGUUGAACGCACUUAUUCGCGUGCUUCUGAAGACAAUGCAAGACCAUUCUGAUGCUUGGCCUUUUAAAGAACCAGUUGAUCCUCUCGAUGUCCCUGAUUACUAUGAAAUCAUUAAAGAUCCCAUUGAUCUGAAGACAAUUGGGAAGAGAGUAGAGUCAGAACAGUACUACGUGACGCUGGACAUGUUCGUGGCUGAUGCGAGACGGAUGUUUAACAAUUGUAGAACUUACAACUCUCCAGAUACCAUUUACUACAAAUGUGCAACCAGGUUGGAAACACACUUCCAUAGCAAAGUACAAGCAGCUCUCCAGUCUGGUGCUAAAUCUCAAUAGAAGAUACUCUCGUUGGGAAUGAGAUGUUUUUUUCUCAAAAGCAAGUGUAUUAUAUUAUUUAUUAGGUCGACAUGAUGAUAUGUUUAGGAGUAGUAGUAACAUAAUUAGACCCUUCUGAGUAUGUCUUAGUCUUAGACCACCCACGCCACGUUUCUCAUGCUGUUCCAUUAGGUCCGUGUCUCCAAUCAUUUGAUUUUUGCUUUUUAAUCAUAAAUAGCACUUCCUCG